AAGAAUCCAUCUUGCAUUGUUAGUCUGCAAUUUCUGAUGAUUUCAUGGCUUAUCUUUCUUGCUCCAUUGAAAUGGAGCCCAGGACCUUGAAUCAAGGACAACUCAACAAUGCCAUGCAGGAAGCAGCGGCAGAUAUAGUUCAAAAAACGAAGCUUCACAAGGCUUCAAAUGUGUUCAUUGAGGGACUCAGACCAGUAGUCCCAAUAAACAGGAGGGAAGAGAUGGUCAAAAAAAGAAAGAAACUUCAAACCAUUGUAGAUGGCAGAGGGCGUGUUCUAGCCAUUGAAAGAUCAUGUGAAUGCUCUUGCAGUUCUAUCAACUUCAUCGAAUCCCCUGAGAAAUCUAAACUUAGGGAGCCCCUUUCAGCUCCUUUUUGAACUUUUCCAGUAUACUGAUACAGAUAAAAGAAUUUUGGGUCCUUUUUCUUCACAUAAGAGAUCUUAAAUUGGAGAAGUUGCAUGAUGAGGAGUG